AUGUUGAAUAGAGCACUUCGAACUCGAGCUAGACUGCCUUUAACCUCUUCACCGGCAUUUAGGGCAAUAUCAACCAGCCCGAUCCGAUUCAGCAAAGAAGAGAUCACCAGACCAGCUAUAGAUACCCCUUUAUCGUUAUGGAACUUCACAGAGGAGGAGAACAUGCUCAGAGAGACUGUUCGUAGAUUUGCAGAAGACGUCAUUGGUCCUAAAGUGUCCAAAAUGGACGAAGAGGAGUUGAUGGAUCCGGAAGUCAUUCAAGGUUUAUUCGACAAUGGUUUGAUGGGAAUUGAGACAAGUGCAGAUAUGGGUGGAUCUGAAUGCAGUUUCACAGGAGCAAUCAUCGCAGUAGAAGAGUUAGCUAGAGUAGAUGCAUCAGUAGCAGUGCUAUGUGACGUACACAAUACUCUUGUCAACACAGUGUUACGAUUGUACGGCUCAAAGGAGAUUCAAGAGAAGUGGUUACCUGAUCUUGCUACCAAGAAGGUUGGGUCAUUCUGUCUUUCCGAGCCAGCGUCAGGUUCAGACGCUUUCGCCUUGCAGACUACCGCCAAACUCGAUAGCAGCGGAGAUUACUAUAUUCUUAACGGAAGUAAGAUGUGGAUCUCAAAUUCUGCUGAAGCCGAGACCUUCCUUGUCUUCGCCAAUGUUGACCCCUCGAAGGGGUACAAAGGUAUCACGUGUUUCAUCAUGAGUAAGGAUAUGGGUGUCGAAAUCGCUAAGAAGGAGAAGAAGCUCGGUAUCAAGGCGUCUUCUACUUGUCUUCUCAACUUUGAUGAUGUAAAGAUUCCAAAAGAGAAUAUCGUAGGUGAGAUCGGUAAGGGAUACAAGAUCGCUAUUGAGAUUCUCAACGAAGGCCGAAUUGGAAUCGCGGCCCAAAUGAUUGGUUUAGCCCAAGGCGCUUUUGACAAAUCUCUCACUUACGCUUAUCAACGAAAACAAUUCGGUAAACCUGUCGGUGAAUUCCAGGGAAUGGGUUUCCAGUUUGCGGAUGUUGCUACUGAGAUCGAGGCCGCUAGAUUGUUGACUUACAAUGCUGCUAGAUUGAAGGAAGAAGGCAGAACAUUCACUAAAGAAGCUGCUAUGGCCAAGUAUUACGCUUCUGUUGUGGCUCAGAAAGCAACUGGUAACGCCAUCGAGUGGGCAGGUGGUCAAGGUUUCGUGAGAGAAGUCGGUCUUGAGAAGUACUGGCGAGACUCAAAGAUUGGAGCCAUUUACGAGGGUACAAGCAAUAUUCAACUUGAGACUAUUGCUAAGUUCUUGCGUAAACAAUACCAGACUUAA